GUGGGCGUGGCGUCGGCGCUUCAGCGGCUACGCGGUAGCCGCUCCGUCCUUUCCGUCCCGGCGGCGGCAGGGCUGAGCCAGCGACGCCCUCCAUUCACUCUCCGCGCCCGCUCUCCGGCUGUCCGCCCGUUCCGCUGCCCGCCCCGCCACCAUGACGGAACAGGCCAUCUCCUUCGCCAAGGACUUUUUGGCCGGAGGCAUCGCCGCUGCCAUCUCCAAGACGGCCGUGGCUCCGAUCGAGCGCGUCAAGCUGCUGCUGCAGGUCCAGCACGCCAGCAAGCAGAUCGCCGCCGACAAGCAGUACAAGGGCAUCGUCGACUGCAUCGUCCGUAUCCCCAAGGAGCAGGGCGUGUUGUCUUUCUGGAGGGGCAACCUGGCCAACGUCAUCCGCUACUUUCCCACUCAAGCCCUCAACUUCGCCUUCAAGGAUAAGUACAAGCAGAUCUUCCUGGGGGGCGUGGACAAGCACGCGCAGUUCUGGAGAUACUUCGCGGGCAACCUGGCCUCCGGCGGUGCGGCCGGCGCCACCUCCCUCUGCUUCGUGUACCCCCUGGAUUUCGCCAGAACCCGCCUGGCCGCGGACGUGGGAAAGUCAGGCACAGAGCGCGAGUUCCGGGGCCUGGGAGACUGC